GUGCUGCCGGGCACCCGAGCGGGUGGGGCUUCGGACGUGGUGCGCGGCGGGCGGCGGAGGCAGCGGGGAACGGAGCGGGGCCGCUGGGCCUUGCCAAGGCCGCAGCGGCAGUAGUUGGGCCCCCCGCCCCUGCCGGCGGCCCGGAGAAUUUAGAAAGGGGGCCGGGGGGACCCGCCCCCGGCCGGCCGCAAUCAUGAACUCCAACGUGGAGAACCUACCCCCCCACAUCAUUCGCCUGGUGUACAAGGAGGUGACGACGCUGACCGCUGACCCACCGGAUGGCAUCAAAGUCUUCCCUAACGAGGAGGAUCUCACCGACCUGCAGGUCACCAUUGAAGGCCCUGAGGGGACCCCAUAUGCUGGGGGCCUGUUCCGCAUGAAACUCCUGCUGGGGAAGGACUUCCCAGCCUCCCCACCCAAGGGCUACUUCCUGACCAAGAUUUUCCACCCAAAUGUGGGCGCCAAUGGUGAGAUCUGCGUCAACGUGCUCAAGAGGGACUGGACAGCCGAGCUGGGCAUCCGGCAUGUGCUGCUGACCAUCAAGUGCCUGCUGAUCCAUCCGAACCCUGAGUCUGCCCUCAAUGAGGAGGCAGGCCGCCUGCUUUUGGAGAACUACGAGGAGUAUGCAGCGCGCGCCCGCCUGCUCACCGAGAUCCACGGGGGCGCGGGUGGGCCCAGCGGGGGCCAGGCUGAGGCCAGCCGGGCCCCGGGCAGUGCAGAUGGGGCCGCCUCCACCGACCCUGUGGCCCCUGGGGGUCCAGGAGGUGCUGAGGGCCCCAUGGCCAAGAAGCACGCGGGAGAGCGUGAUAAGAAGCUGGCAGCCAAGAAAAAGACGGACAAGAAGCGGGCGCUGCGGCGACUGUAACGGGCCCUUCUCCCUCACCCCACCCCCAACCCAACCCUCUACUCUGUCUCUAAGUUAUUUAAAUUAUGGCUUGGCUGGGGGAGGGCUGGGGCACUGGGACCUGGAAUUGUUUUUCUAAAUAAAGCUGGAAAAGCA